UUAUAUCGUCAUAUUUUCUCCAACUCCGAAGUCGCCAAGGACAUUACGUCUUUCCCGUGCGCCAUCACCACCCCAAGCGCCUCUGCUUCCCUUACCUAUGCUCUGAACAUCCAGAGGAAGCUCUCGCAUGGCGCACUUCUUUGAGCUUGCCAAUUGAAGCGGACGAACCGACCUCAAGGACCUCUCGUCGCCAUCGCCGUCGCCAUGAGCACAUCCACAGCAGAACACUCGCCCAAGGCGGCGCUCAAGGCGGAGAAGCGCGAGCAACGCAAGAAGCAGUCGGCGAUCCGGUAUCCCUUCUGGUUUGGCGGGAGUGCCAGCAGCAUGGCCGCCUGCGUCACUCAUCCUCUUGAUCUUGUAAAGGUUCGCUUGCAAACGCGAACAGCAAAUGCGCCCAAGAACAUGAGCGGCACCUUCGUCAACAUCGUCAAGAGUGACGGCGUGCUCGGGCUGUACAAUGGCCUGUCGGCUUCGCUUCUUCGUCAAAUCACCUACUCCACCGCUCGCUUCGGCAUAUACGAGGACUUGAAAGCUCGCUCGGGCACUUCGGAUCCCUCGUUCCCCUUGCUUAUCGCCAUGGCGUCGACGUCGGGGUUCAUUGGUGGCAUAGCGGGCAACUUUGCGGACGUUCUCAACGUUCGCAUGCAGCACGACCCUUCGCUACCGGCCGAGCAGAGGAGGAACUACAAGCACGCCGCCGAUGGCAUGGUGCGCAUGGCCAGGGAGGAGGGUUUCUCUUCCUGGUUCCGCGGGUGGCUGCCCAACUCGUCACGCGCCGCGGUCAUGACGGCCAGUCAACUUGCCAGCUACGACGUGUUUAAGCGAAUGCUCCUCGACUAUACGCCGCUCAAGGACAAUCUGACAACACACUUCUCGGCAAGCUUCUUGGCUGGCCUGGUGGCCGCGACGGCGACGAGCCCCAUCGACGUGAUCAAGACCCGGGUCAUGUCGGCCAGUGGGAAACAGGGCAUUGCAGGCAUCAUUUCGGAUAUCUCGAAACAGGAGGGCAUCCGAUGGGUGUUCAAGGGAUGGGUGCCCAGUUUCCUGCGUCUCGGACCACACACCAUUUGCACGUUUGUUUUCCUGGAAAUGCACCGUAAGAUGUACAGAAAGGUGCAGGGCCACGAUGAGAAGGCCGCUUGAAGCGCAUCCUUUGCACAGACGGGCCGACGGUUGUCGUGGGGCAUUUGUCAUUUCACGGCGUUGUGGGUGUUAUCUAGAUUUUGUGCCCACGCUUUCUUUCUGCAUAUCAUCUUCAUAUAGACGGAUAUAGACGGGGCACAUGCUUGGGUUAUUGCGAAACAGCAGAUUCAAUUGAU